AUGAAUUAAGAUUUCUCAAUUUAAUAGGGUUGUUUAGCAUUUCUAACUGGGUUUUUGUUAAUCAACAUGUUGAUUGCAUCCUAUAGAAUAAGAAAAGAUAUUAAUGAUGUAUUAGAAAAAAUAGAGAGGAAUAUUUUUUAUUUAUUCACAUUCUAAUGUAUUAAUAUUAUUGAGUUAGAACUACUUUAUUUGGCAUUCAUAAUCAAAUAAUAUACUAUUUUUAUGAGUGCCCUUAGAAUCUCUAGGCUCUUAUCGGUUAUUCUAAUCUUAGAAAAUUUUACUAUUAUGCAAAAUAAAAAUGAUUCGUUUUACGAAAAAGUAUGUUUAAUAGGAAUACUAGUUAUCUAAAAAAACUAAAAUUAUGAUUUUAAAUAUAUUUCUAAUUUUAUGGGCAAUGAUUUACUUUAUUGAAGGAGAUUUCUAUUAUUGUGAUUAAACAUUAUGGAUUUGUUUAUCAUUAUUGAUUUUUCUUAUUGACAUUUUAAAUCUUUAUUUUGGAUCUUUUAUACUAGCUAACAUACAUUAUUAUUUUAGUAGAAUAAGAUAUUAGAAACCAACUAGUAAUUUAGAAUAUCUUAAAUAAGUUGAUCUGCAAAAUAAAUAAUAAUAAGUUUUUGUUAUUAUUUUUGCUGAACUAAUUUCAGCUGCUACCCUUAUUUUUUAUGAUUUUCAGACUUAUUAUAAGAAAGGAUCAUUAUUUUGUAUCGAUGCUGAAAAUUAAUUAUAGAAAUUAAUUGUAAUUUCUAUGAUGAUUACAUCAUAUUAGCUCACAAGUAUUGGAUUGUAUUUUGUGUUUUACAGAAAAUAUAGAAAAUAUUUCUUGAGUUAACCAUUUCAAAGAAUAAAUUUAUGA